AUGGCUUGCACGCACGUCAACGCGGCUGAGCUGCGCGCUCCCGGCCUGAGCCAGUCUGUCUAUCGUGAAGACUGCACGCAGUGCUUCGACUCUAUUGAAGACCCCAGCGGUCUUGAUGUGUGCCUCUUCUGCUUCAACGGCGGCUGCACGGGCGAGCGAGACCAUUCUUCCCUUCACGUCGCGAAGACAAAUCACCCUCUCGUCCUAAAUAUUAAGCGCACGCGCAAACAUGUGAAACGCGACGAGCCUCCGCAGAAGAUCUCCAAGCUUGCCAUCGCCGCCGAGACCGAGGCCGACCGAUACGACACGACUACCCACGUGAAGUGCUACGCUUGCGGCAUCGAUGACGUGGAUAAGAGCUCAGGGAAGCUGUCAGAGGUUGUGGAUGCAGUGUUGAAGGCCAAUACAUUUGCGAGGCAAGAGGAGGUCAAGGCAUGGGAGCAGGAGCUGACAGCGUGCGAGCAUACACUUUGCCUAGAGCAGGAUGCGGCGCGCCAGAUAGAGUCCCAGGGCUUGGGUCAGUGCUCUUCGUGCGAAUUGAAGGAGAACCUGUGGCUCUGCUUGUCCUGUGGUAACCUCGGCUGUGGGCGUCAGCAGUUCGGCGGUAUUGGUGGCAACUCCCACGGAGUGGCUCAUACGAAAUCUUCAGGCCACCCGGUAGCUGUCAAGCUUGGCUCUUUGACUGCUGACGGAACUGCCGACAUCUACUGCUACUCAUGCGACGAGGAGCGAGUCGACCCAGAGCUACCCAAUCAUUUGGCACAUUGGGGCAUCAACAUCAAGGACAGAAUUAAGACAGAGAAGAGCUUGACCGAGAUGCAGGUGGAGCAGAAUCUCCUAUGGGAAUUCUCUAUGACCACCGAAGACGGUAAAGAGCUGAAGCCAUUGUUUGGGCCCAACUUCACCGGCCUGAAGAACCUCGGAAACAGCUGCUAUUUGAACAGUACUCUGCAGGCUUUGUUCGCCAUGCCAGAAUUUGCGGACCGUUACUAUCUACCGGAUCGUCCUCCCCCAGAUACCCCUCAGCCGGCCGAAGACUUGGAGACUCAGCUACGGAAGGUCGCAGACGGCUUAUUGUCAGGUCGCUAUUCCAAGCCUGAUAGCGAUGUCAUCGUGUCGGAGAAUACUCCAGAAGUUCCUCACCAGAAGGGACUUGCUCCUGCCAUGCUGAAGCAUCUGAUUGGACGUGGCCAUGAGGAAUUCUCCACUAUGCGGCAGCAGGAUGCUUUCGAAUUACUACUACAUCUUCUGAAGCUCGUUUCAAGGUCACAGCAUGUGGCACCAGCCCAGGACCCGGUUGAUGCUUUCAGGUUCGUCAUGGAGCAGCGAUUACAGUGUCUCAACUGCAAGAGGGUUAGGUAUCGGGAUGACGAGCAGGAGAACAUCUCAAUUCCUGUUCCCAUACGAAGGCUACCAAAAGGCGACUCAAUGGAAGUGACAGAUAGCCAAGGCAAGGAUAAACCCAAGGAGGAGUUUGAGCCGGUCACGCUGAAAGAGUGCUUGGACAUUUUCACGGCGGAUGAGAUGGUCGAGCUCACUUGCGACUACUGCGGUAGCAAGGCAGGUUUCUCCAAGAAGAGCAUGUUCAAGACUUUCCCUACGGUAUUGGCAGUGAACGCACGCCGCUUCGAGAUAGUCAAUUGGGUGCCUACCAAGCAAGAUGUACCGGUCAUUGUCAACGAUGCGCCAUUCUCGUUCGGCCCGUAUAAGUCAAAGGGCCUUCAGCCGAACGAGGAGCUACUUCCUGAAGAUGCCGACACAGGCAGUGCUUCCAACAAAUGGAUUCCGAACGAAGGGGCACUGUCCAUGCUUGAGGCCAUGGGCUUCCCUCGAGUUAGGUGCGAAAAGGCUUUGCAUGCAACUGGGAACGCAGACCCGGAAGCUGCAUCCAAUUGGCUGUUUGCGCACAUGGAGGAUCCUGACAUCGACACUCCGGUAGACUUCAACGCAGGCAGUGGCUCCGGCGGCGGUGCCUCAACCGCUGUGGACCCGGAGAAGAUUGAGAAUCUCGGUGCGAUGGGCUUCAGCGCCCCCCAGGCACGGCAGGCACUCAAAGAGACUGGAGGCGAUAUGGAGCGAGCUGUAGAUUGGCUAUUCAGCCAUCCAGAUGCUCAAGGGGACUUCGACGAGGGUGGCAGCUCGGAGGAACCAGCCGCCGCGAAGGAGAAGACAUUGGCGGGAAGCGAGAAGUUGCCGGCCAAUUUCCAGCUGCAGUCGAUUGUCUGUCACAAGGGCAGCUCCAUUCACGCCGGGCACUACGUCGCUUUCGUGCGCAAGGAAAUUCCCGACGAGCAGUCUGCUGCUUGGGUGCUCUUCAACGACGAGAAGGUGGCCAAGGCAGCAGAUGUGGAGGAGAUGAAGAAGUUUGCCUAUGUGUAUUUCUUUAGGCGUUUGUAA